AUGGCCGGCGGGUAUUUCGAUCUGCCCAUCACCACCCCCUCUCAGCGCUCGAGCCUCACCGAUGUAUCUGGGGGAGAUGACCGAUCUCCUCCUGGGCCGCGCGUAUCGCCUUCAGAGGGCUCCAAUGAGAACCUGACGGAGCGCUCGACUCUCGACCCCGGCGGAGCUCAGGGCAGGCAGCGGAAUGCAGGCAUUUUGAAGAGCGCAAACCGCGUCAAGUUCACCGUCGGCGACGCCAGCCCGGCCCUGCCAUCCACGUCACAAGGAAGGAAUCCGCCACUGCCACAGAAACCGCAGCCCGCUGCCAGCAUUCCGGCGUAUGAGCGCAGCGCACCCGAUCCCCACCCCUUUCCCAAUGGGGAACUUGGCUCGAGCUUCUCUGUCGGUAUCACAGGUCACUCCAGGGAUAGCUCCCCGAGGAUCGCUGCCGAUGAUGAAGUCAGCAAUGAGAAGGGCAGGGCCAUCCACUCAGCCUACUCCGCGCAGGAGCGAGCCCAGAAACUGGCCUCCCAUUUAGGACGUCCCUCGAAGUCUCCCAGCCAGAGUCCGUGGCCCAGUCUGCCGUCAUCUGUUGCUUCGUCUCCCACCGAGGCGUCACAGCCAUUUGAGGAUGCUGAUGACAUUCCCAUGAUCAGACUCCCUGAAAAGCAGUUCGACUACCCCUCGGAUGAAGACGACGACCACUACGGGCUAGUAGAUGGACGCCCUCACAACCGCACCUCUGAAGCUCACCAGCUUGUCCAACAGAUGACUCGCAGAGACUUUAACCUUUUGAACCGUAUCCGUGCUCCGUCUCCGGGCCUGCGCUCUGGUCAGGUCACUCCUAUUGAGGAACGAGACCCUGACGCCUACGUCCAGCGCCCUUCCCACUAUCGCGGCGGCAUUUUAUCCUCGCUCCUGAAGCUCCACGAGCAACCGACCCUCAACCUCUCUCGGGGCCGUUAUGGGCACUCCCGCCAGAGCAGCUCUAGCGACCUGAGUGCUCGUGGCCUGUCCCCGGACCCUUCCUGGCGCCAGAAGCCUAGGAAGUGGUACGAGAAGACGCCCAACCAGUCCAACAUUUCACUGUCUGGCUCGACGGCCAAAGGCUCCAUCAGCUCGCCGUUCUCGAUGCUCAAACGCUCUCGCAGUAGCGGGGCUGUCCCUGGGAUGCAAAAGCGCAUGGGGAAGCCCCAGCUCGAGGAUGAAAUCCGCAUCACUGUCCAUAUCGCUGAACAGCUCGCGCGCCAAAAGUAUCUGCUCAUUCUUUGCAAGGCUUUGAUGAAGUUUGGCGCUCCUACCCAUCGACUGGAGGAAUACAUGAAGAUGACGGCUCGUGUAUUGGAGAUCAAUGCCAACUUUUUGUAUUUGCCUGGCUGUAUGAUUGUUUCCUUUGACGAUGUCUCUACCCACACCACAGAGGUGAAGCUUGUUCGCGUGAACCAGGGCGUUGACCUAGGGAAGCUUUCUGACGCCCAUACCGUCUACAAGGAAGUCGUCCACGAUGUGAUUGGGGUAGAGGAGGCCAUGCAGCGGCUUAGCAAGCUGAUGCAAAAGGACAACCAGUAUCCGAUCUGGCUUCUUAUUCUGCUCCACGGCUUUGCCAGUGCAUCCGUCGGUCCGUUUGCCUUUGGCGCUCGUCCCAUCGACAUGCCCAUCGCAUUUGUCCUUGGGUGUCUCCUAGGCAUUCUUCAACUCGUCCUCUCCCCUCGCUCCCACCUCUAUUCCAACGUCUUCGAGAUCUCCGCCGCCGUCCUAACCUCCUUCCUCGCCCGCGCAUUCGGCAGCAUCCCCUACAAGGGCGGCCAUCUCUUCUGCUUCUCAGCCCUAGCCCAAUCCUCCAUCGCCCUCAUCCUCCCAGGAUAUCUCGUCCUUUGUGCCAGCCUCGAGCUCCAAUCGCGCAGCAUUGUCGCCGGCUCCGUCCGCAUGGUCUACGCCAUCAUAUACUCCCUCUUCCUCGGUUUUGGCAUCACAAUUGGCACCGCCGUCUACGGUCUCCUAGACCCUCACGCCUCGACAGAUUAUACCUGCCCUCCCAGCCCCAUUACAAACGAGUACCUGCAACGCUUUCCCUUCGUCGUCAUCUUCACAUUCUGCCUCGCCACGGUCAACCAGGCCAAAUGGAAGCAGAUUCCCGUGAUGCUCGUCAUCGCCUUCGCGGGGUACAUCACAAACUACUUUGGUGCGAAGCGCUUCUACUCCUCCACGCAGGUCUCCUCCGCCCUCGGCGCGUUCGUCGUCGGCGUCAUGGCAAACCUCUACUCCCGUCUCCGGCACGGUCUAGCAGCCGCAGCGAUGCUCCCUGCCAUCUUCGUGCUUGUCCCGUCAGGCCUCGCAGCAAGCGGGUCACUGAUUUCUGGCAUCGCCUCAGCCGGCCAGAUCACUGCACAACAGACCCCGUUUUCCGUGCCUAGCAACGGCACGCAGGGGUUUGUCGACGCGGCCAAGAACAUGACCAAGGACUACCACCAGCAGAGUUACCAGGAGAAUCCCUUCCAGGGUGUCGUCUUCGAUAUUGGAUACGGCAUGGUCCAGGUUGCUAUUGGAUUCACCGUGGGACUAUUCCUUGCUGCGCUGGUGGUUUAUCCCUUGGGCAAGAAGCGCAGUGGGCUUUUCAGCUUUUGA